GCGACGACGAACGACGACAACAGAGAUGAAGACAACCACGAUGCCAAACAAGAAGCGAGGGCGUGAAGCCGAGGCGCCGAAAACCGCAAAGAAGGCGAAGCUGCGCAUCGACGAGCUGCAAUGGAAGGAGGUGAAGAUGCCGGAUCGCCUCGACGACGUGGAGGGGUUCUUUGGGCUCGAGGAGAUCGAUGGUGUGGAUGUGGUCGCGAACGAGAAGGGCGCGGUCGAGUUCCAGUUGAGGGGUAAGAAGCCAGUGAAGAAGACGAAGAAGUCGAAACCCGCGCGCAAGGUGGCCGCCGCUCCCGAAGAUGGCGACGACAAUGACGGAUCAGAGGAUGAAGCGGAAGAGUGGGGUGGGAUCAGUGAUGCUGAGCAGGAAGUUACGGAAGGGGAAGCGCAGACUGCACAGUACGAGAAAAAGGAACCCAAGAAGGGCGACAAGAAGAAAAACGAUGCGAAGGCCAAAGACAAAAAGGCCCAACGAUUGGUGGCAAAGGGGAAGCUCGAGAAUCAGUUCGGUUCACUUCUGGAGGACCGUCCAGAUGAGUCCGACGAGGAAGACGUCGACCUUCCCGAAUGGGAAGCCCUCAAUCUCUCGCCCCCGACCCUCCGCGCCCUCUCGAAGCUCAAGUUCGCCUCCCCAACGCCUAUUCAGUCCGCCGCUAUCCCCCACAUUCUUGCCGGCCACGAUGUGAUCGGAAAAGCAAGCACCGGUUCCGGAAAGACGCUCGCGUUCGGCAUUCCCAUCCUCGAAACAUUCCUGAAGUCCGGUGCCGCAUCGACUGAGCUCGUAAACGCCGACCAGAAGAAACGGACCGUGAGACUUCCUAUGGCGCUGGUUCUGUCGCCGACUCGUGAGCUUGCCAAACAGCUUAGCGACCAUCUCAGGGAAUUAGCUGUGUGUGUGCCGGAUUUCACGGUUGUGACCCUCACGGGUGGACUGUCGCUACAGAAACAACAGAGACAGCUGGAGCAGGGCACCGGUGCGGAUGUGAUCGUAGCUACACCAGGUCGCCUGUGGGAGGUUGUCAGUGAAGGCACAGGCUGGAUGGAAAAGCUCAAGCAAGGGCUAAAGUUCUUGGUGGUGGAUGAGGCGGAUCGGCUGUUGCAAGAGGGACACUACAAGGAGGUGGAAGAGCUUCUCGACCUUCUUCAGCGUGAAAGAGACGAGUCGGAGAUUGAUGGCGAAGAGGAAGCUGAGAAUGAGGACCUGGAUGCUGCCGAGUUUCAGAGGAAAAAGCCCAGCAAGAAGAAGCUCCCUACUCCAAAACGGCAAACGCUAGUUUUCUCGGCGACAUUCCACCAGGGAUUGCAACAGAAGUUGACGGCCAAACCUGGCAAGAAAAGUUGGGCGACGGAGAGUGCCGGAGGAGAUUUGAUGGAUAAUACCGAGAGUUUGGCCUAUCUUCUGAAGAAGCUCAACUUCAGGGAGGCGACACCAAAGUUUGUCGAUGCAAACCCGGUUGGACAGAUGGCGUCGAGGUUGCGAGAGGGCAUCAUCGAGUGCGGAGCUAUGGAGAAGGAUUUGUACCUCUACUAUCUUCUUUUAAGAUAUCCCUGCCGGACUCUUGUAUUCACCAACUCGAUAUCCUCCGUAAAACGUCUUGCGCCGUUUCUGUCCGAACUAAACCUUCCAGUCAACCCGCUGCAUUCCAACAUGAUUCAGAAGGCACGCAUGCGAAAUCUGGAACGCUUCUCAUCACCAUCCAGCCCCAAUUCCAUCCUCAUUGCCACAGAUGUCGCAGCCCGCGGUCUCGAUAUCAAGGGUGUCGAGAUGGUGAUCCACUACCAUUUGCCCCGUACUGCGGACAUGUACGUGCACCGCUCCGGAAGAACUGCCAGAUCGGACGCACGAGGAAUCAGUAUUCUGCUCUGUUCUCCGGAGGAAGUGUUGGGUGUUCGGCGCCUGGUUGGUAAAGUCCACGAGGAAGACGGCAAAAGCACCGGAAAGUACGCCAUGAAAAGUUUCGAUGUCGACCGAAAACUUGUAGACCGUCUCAAGCGGCGCGCAACCCUUGCCAAAAAGGUCUCUGAUAGCACGGUGGAGAAGGCGAAGAAGAGCAAGGAGAACGAUUGGCUCAAGACAGCUGCGGAUGAGCUCGGCGUUGACUAUGAUAGCGAUGAGUUUAGCAAUCUGAAAGUUGGGAAGAAGGGCCAGCGAGGCAAGGUGAAGAGGGAGAAGGCAGCCAACGUGUCCAAGGCGGACGUGGGUGCCUGGAAGGCCGAGUUGAGGGAGCUACUAAAGCUGAAGAUCAACAGUGGGUUCUCGGAGCGGUAUCUGACUAGUGGGGCUGUGAACAUCGCGAAGUCUUUACUCGACGGAGUGCAGAUGCACGACAGCAUCCUGGGCGUGGAGAAGAAGAGCGUGAUAGACGAGGUUACCUGGUAGAUAGAGGAUAAUAGUUCUUUCAAUUCAUG